AUGGGGAUAUCGCCAGGUCUUCCCCAUCCUUCGCCUCUUUUCCCAAGCCCGACACGCAUAUGCUUCUUGCUGUCAGAAAGCAUCAUGCGUCCUUCCACUCUCGUAUCCCUCGUUGCAUUCACGUUCGUUACCUCUACUCAUGCGUCACCAAUAUCUGCGGAGCUCUUGAACUCUCGUGAUCAAGGCGUAGUCGUAGCUCGUGGCAAUGACGAUGCCCCACCGGCCUGGAAGCGAGGCGAGGAUAGUCCUCCACCAUGGAAGCGGGCAGAGGCUGUCCCACCGGCUUGGAGGCGGGGAGAAGAGGUUCCUCCAGCGUGGAGGCGUGAAACUACUGGCGGUGUUGGAACGGUUGACUGGAGGCGUGACACCCCGGCACCUGGUCCACCGGAUUGGAGGCGUACCGACGAUUCCGAAGAGCUUCCUCCCCCGCCCUGGAAGCGUACCGACGACGCUCCCGUUCCACCUCCAUGGAAGCGAAGUGAGGACGACUCUCCAGUUCCUCCUCCGUGGAAGCGUACGGAAGACACUCCAGUCCCUCCACCAUGGAAACGCACCGACGACGCACCAGCUCCUCCACCUUGGAAACGUGUCGACAAUGCCCCCGCCCCUCCUCCGUGGUAG